AUGUACAAAGAGAGACGAGGGAAGUUGAUCAGUGAUGCUUGGCAACAUGGAGUAGAUAAUUUUCUAGAUCAUGCAUUCUCAUUGCCCGAUGCUGCUGCAGACGGGAAAUCCCGUUGUCCUUGCAGCAAGUGCUUUUGCGGUCAUAAGUGCACAAGGGAUGUCAUGACCACACACUUGUGCAGCAAUGGGUUCAUGUUAGGAUAUGAGAGAUGGACUAGCCACGGGGAGUCUGAUGCACCUGAAAAUGUAGAGCAUGAUAACGUGGGGGGUGGAGAUAGAAUGAAUGACAUGCUAGUUGAUGCAAUUGUUGCUGAAGGAGUUUCUAAAGGUGAUGAGCCAACAAAAGCUGCUAAAAAAUUCUAUGAAAUGUUGAUGGAAGCCGACAAACCUUUGCAUGAGAAGACCACACAAUCACGUCUAUCCAUUGUAGGAAGGCUAAUGACUAUUAAAACACAACAUAAUCUGUCAGAAGCUUGUUACAAUGAGAUGAUGACUCUUAUACAUGACAUUGUUGGGGAUGAUGCUGCAAAAGAUCUCCCAGCAAACUUCCAUAGGUCCAAGAAGCUUGUGCAUAGUCUAGCAAUGCCUUACGUCAAAAUUCAUGCAUGCCCCAAUAAUUGUAUGAUUUAUUAUAAGGAGAAUGAAAAUAAAGAAAAAUGCAUUAUCUGCAAAGAACCUAGAUAUGAUCAUGUUCGCACAAUAUGGAAGAAGAAUCCUCGAUAUAAUAAUGGAGGAACACGCGUGCAGAAUGAUGGUUGCACCUUAGAUGUAUUUCAGCAUGUUGGAAACCUACAUGGGAGGCCUAUUGCCCGAGAACUAUCGCCUGAAGAGUUGAAUGCAGCAAGGUUGUACAUUUUGACUAACUGCUCUGCUGUUGAUAGAUUUCGUGAAACAUAUGAAGAUGAAAAAUAUGCAAGUCAUCCAAACUUGCCAUCGGAGGGCCUUGAUGAAAUGAUGGCAUCCGAAUUUAUGGAAUGGUUCGAGAUUCCUUGCAAAGAAGAUCCCAAUUCUGAUGAGGACUUGUGGAAUUUAGCUAAUGGAUGCAGCUCUAGAGCAUAUUCCUAUAGCUCCUAUGAUGUGAAUGGCUUUCGCUUUAGAUCAGAGAUAUAUGAGAAAAAACGUAGAAGGUUGAAAACGGUGAACACAGGGGUUUGUUUGUCAUCCUUCAUCUCAGAGACUGAACAACUUGAGUACUAUGGUGUCAUUGAGGAAAUUAUCAAAGUAUCCUUCACAGCUGGUAGAAAAAUUGAGAUGGUACUCUUCAAAUGUCGUUGGUUUGACCCCAUCAAGGGUGUGAAGCCAAAUGCAAAAUUAGGUUUGGUGGAGAUAAAGUGGUCUUCAAGGCUAAGUAAUUUUGAACCAUUUGCCAUGGCUCACCAAGCUACGCAAGCUUAUUACUUGCAUUACGCAUCCUCCAGGAGAGAUCUUCGUGAUUGGAGGGUUGUUUACACUAUUCAGCCAAGUACCAGCUUGAGUAACUUUGAUGACUGCGCAAAUGACCCAUCUACUACAGAUGAAUAUUUCCAGGAAGGUGGUCAGCUGGGUAGUUUUUCUGUAGAUGGUGGCAAAUUUGUUGAUGAAUCUACUGAGCCAAGAAAUGAGUCAGAUGAUGUGGAGCUUGAUCCCUCUGAAAUUUAUGUAAUAGAAAAUCAAGGCAAUAAUUAUGAGGGAGAAGAAUCUUCAGAAGAUGAAUUGGACGAGAGUACUGAUGAGGAAGAAGAAGAUUUACCUGAAGAGGAAGGACAAGAAGAGACAUAUGAGACCGAAGAUGAGGAUGAUGCAAUAGAGCAUGACUCUGAAUAUGACGAUGAUGAUUACUGA